AGUCAACCUAUUCUCCAAAGACAUGAAGAGGUGCCAAUGGUGGACACUCCGCUCACCUCUCUGUUCUCCACAUCCACAAUCCCUGGAGACAUGGCAGAGAAUCUGAAGGCGGAGGAUAUGCUCGGCAAGGGCAAUUAAGGCAACAACGUCUUUGUCCUUCUUUGCAAGGAUGUCUAUCAUGUGGCUUCGUGAGUUACAAGCUCUGAUUCCACCUGAACAGGUGCAUACUCACCAGACGCUAGGGAAACUGGUAGCAGCGUCAGAAUAUAUGGCUGACUCUUCCCUACAGUCUGCCAAGUUUUCAGCUAGGUCCAUUGCGGCCAUGGUUUUUGCACACAGACUCCUGUGGCUCAAACACUGGAAGACAGACCUGAAAUCAAAGUAGCGCCUAUCAACAGACACUUAUAGUGGGAAGCAGCUAUUCUUGAACCAUUCCUGAUAGAAGGGAAGAAUAAGCGGAAGGUUCUGACGCACCCCUCCAAGAAGGUGGAUAGAAGGCCUCAGCAGGAAUUUUGCAGACAGGCCUUUCAUGCUGGGGGCUCGUGGGAGGGCAGGCAGCCCUUUCAGAGUGGGCAAACCUGGGAUUGGUCCAGAGGCUCUCACUCCUUCUCCCCCAGGCAGGAUCGGCAACAGGACCGCCAAGGUUCUGGAAGUAAGACCCAGUUCCAAACGUCCCUUUUGAGGGGCUGGGGGUUGCCCCUUCAGGAAAUCCAAGUGAUGCCAGGGCAGACUCUCCCAUAGGGGGUCGCUUAGCACUGUUCAGCGACACUUGGGAGGUCACCACCAACGACACUUGGGUGUGGGAGACCAUAAGAUACAGUCUCGCCUUAGAGUUCCUUUCCAUUCCGUCAGACCAUUUCAUUCAGUGCCCCACUUCAAGAAACGCUGAAAAGGCCGAGCUAGUGUCCAAAGCCAUCUCUCAUCUUUUAGACAUAGAGGCCAUAGAACCGAUUCCAUGGGACCAGAUAGGGAAGGGGUACUACUCCAUCCUAUUCAUUAUUCCCAAGGCCUCGGGUGGUUGGAGGGUGAUUCUGGACCUAAAAGGGCUAAAUUACUUCCUGGCCUACAGGAGAUUCAAAUCAAUUCUGGCCAGCAUCAGAAAAGGGGAUUUUCUCUCCUCCAUAGACUUGACCGAAGCGUAUCUUCACAUUCCCAUCCUCCCACAACACCGCAACUUUCUCCAGUUUUGUUAUGCGCACCAGCAUUACCAAUACAGAGCACUACCCUUCAGCCUUUCUUUGGCUCCUCGGGUAUUCACCAAAAUAUUGGCAGUAAUAGCAGCCCAACUCAGAUUGGUGCUGGUGCGCGUACAAUGUUACCUGGACGAUAUAAUUAUCCUAUCCAGAUCCUUCCAUUCUGCCCAAUCGGAUCUACAGAUCAUGAUAAAGACACUGCAGGAGCACGGAUUCUCGAUAAACUUCAAAAAGAGUCACAUAGUUUCUUCCACUCGAAUCCUCCACCUAGGAACUAUAAUAGAUUCCAUCCUGUGCAUGGUUUAUCUCUCUCAAGAAUGCAAGGUUUAUCACUCUCAAGGUCGCUCAUCCACGGGAUCCGGAGAGAGAAGGUAGUCUCGCUUGUCCAAUUGUCUCAGAUGUUGGGCAAGAUGGUGUCCUGUCUGGGCAUUGUUCCAUGGGCCAGACUGCACUCCAGGGACCUCCAGUGGUUCCUCCUACCCUUCCAGAGACGGAACAUGAGUGCCUCAGCAAGGAAGGUGAGAGUGCCACAACACAUCCUGUCGUUCCUACUAUGGUGGACGUCGUCGGCAUUGAACAGGGGGUCCCUAUUCAAGGAACCCCCCAGACUCAAGCUGACCACGGACGCCAGCCUAUUCAGCUGGGGGGCACAUCUCCAGACUCACAUGACACAGGGUCGAUGGUCACAGUCAGAUCUCACACACAAUAUAAAUUGGCUAGAGUUGAGAGCUAUACAUCUAGCUCUCCGUCACUUUUCCGAAAUUGUGGUGGGGAAAUAUGUCCUGAUAAUGACGGACAAUGUAGCAGCCAAGGCACACGUCAAUAGACAGGGAGGGACCCAGUCAUGGUCCCUCAUGCUGGAGGCACUGGAUCUGGGGCUGUGGGCAGAGUCCAAGCUGAAGUCCAUCUGUGCGGAGCACAUAUCAGGAGAGGCGAAUCAGCAAGCCGAUUCACUGAGCAGAGUGACAGUCAAUCACUCAGAGUGGAGGCUGGACCCGGCUCUGUUCCUGGAAAUUUCGAGGUGGUUCGGACAACCGCAGGUGGAUUUGUUUGCCUCGGAAGCAAAUUCUCAUCUCCCAAGGUAUUUCACCAGGUUCCUGUCGCUGGGGGUGGAGGGAACGGAUGCCCUCUGCAGCAGGUGGCCGAAGGAACUGCUUUAUGCCUUUCCCCCGCUUCCACUCAUUCAGGCUACCAUCCACAACGUCCUUCUGGAACAGGCGGAGGUAAUAUUGGUGGUGCCACACUGGCCAAGAUGGCCGUGGUUUGCAGACCUCGUGGACUUGUCGGUAUCUCCCCCAUGGAGGAUUCUGCCGAGCCGCAUAGCACUCAGUCAGGGGAAUCUCCAACAUCCAGACCCCCAGUGGCUUCAACUAGCCGCUUGGCACUUGAGCAGGAGAGUUUAGUCAGACAGUCCUAUUCAUCCGAGGUCAUAUCCAUGAUACAAGCCUCAAGGAGACCCUCCACUAACAGAAUCUAUGACGCCACGUGGAGGAAUUUCUGCCAAUAGUGUAUCACCCAUAAUCUUAGACCUUUAAAGGUUACUAUUCCUAACAUCUUAGAAUACCUUUUAGAAGGGUUGAAUAAAGGUCUUUCACAUAAUACUAUACGGAGGCAAAUUAUGGCCCUGUCAACGGUCCUCACAUGUGACAACCUCCAUUCUCUGUCUCAACACCCGGCAGUUGCCACUUUCCUAAAGGGCACAAUUAACACUAGGCCCCCCCACAGUGCACUGAUAUCCUUCAUGGGAUUUACCAAAGGUGUUACAAGCCCUCUCGAUGACACGGUUCGAGCCCUUUGGGUUUUGUUCACUUUAUUUCCUCUCUUUGAAGGUUGCCUUUCUGGUAGCCAUCACAUUGGCUAGGCAUAUUUCGGAACUGGCUGCUCUCUCGAUCAGAAGUGAUCUGUGUAUGUUUCUGGAUGAUCGAGUGGUCCUUCGAUUGGACCCUUCUUUCGUUCCAAAAGUCAAUACAUGGUUCCAUAGGUUUCAAGACUUGGUCCUACCUAACUUUUGCCCAAAUCCAACCCAUCAUCUGGAAAGACAAUGGCAUAUAUUGGACGUGUGCAGGGCCUUGCAACAUUACGUCAAGAGGACUGCCGCCUUUUGCAAAUCGGAGGCUCUGUUUGUGUCCUUCCAAUCCUCUUCCUUGGGAAAGAAGGUCUCAUCCUCAACCAUAGGGAGGUGGAUUAGGGCUUGUAUCUCUCAUGCGUAUAGAUCUCAAUCCCUGCCUGUACCUAAACAUAUCACAGCUCAUUCCACAAGCAGCACGGCACAUCAGCGGCCUGGUCUACGCAAGCUUUGGUUGAAGAAAUUUGUAGGGCAGCGACUUGGUCUUCCCCCUCUUCAUUUAUAAGGCAUUACAAGCUUGAUAGAUUUGCUGCUGCGGAGACCUCAUUUGGCAGAAGGGUAUUGCAGCAGGUUGUCUCAUCUCAGGAGGCACAUGCCUAGACUGUCCCUCCCGGCAGGGACAUGGGUGGCUUUGGUAUGUCCCACCGGUGGAUGCUACAUCUGCAUGCUGGAGAAUGGGCAUUGUCUUACCUGAACGCCUUUUCUCAGCAUGUAGAUGUAGCAUCCACACCGACCCUUAACAGUCAGUCUAGGCAGGAGUGAUUGCAGGAGGAGCUGUUGCAUCUGAUUGGCUUCGCCUCAUUAAAACUGGGGAAGGACCACUCCAAGGAGGCAUGGCUGAACUUUGAACUUAGUCUCUCUGAGCAGGAAGGCUGAAAUAACCCACCGGUGGAUGCUACAUCUACAUGCUGAGAAAAGGCGUUCAGGUAAGACAACGCCCAUUCUCCUGUUACUUAUUUAGAAUUGAUAGAUUGAUUAUCAUGCUGAACACUCUGUUGUUGUCCUUUGAUCAGACCAUGCUGGCUGGAUAAUUUUUUGAAUUAAAGUCCACACAUUUUAAAACUGAUAAAGUUGAGAAACUUUAUUAUAAAUUUGGGGGGGGGGCAGGGUUGAAGAAAAGAUCUUAAGACCUUUCAACCAACAUCAAUCUGGGAGAAAAAGUGCUCCAUAGAAGCUCCCUUGCUUUUGGGCUAAUGAAAAAGAAUAUACUAUAUUUCAGUACAUCGAUAUGUCAUAAAGGGAACGAGUUAAUACCUAAUUUAGAUGAGUCACUGAUUACUAAGGCAAAGCAGAUGCAAGGAUAUAAUGCCUUUAAGUAUGUUUCAUGUGUUCUCUCUGAACAAUUGUUUGGAGAAAAAAUGAAAUAAAUGUGCUUCUGUCCCUCUUACAUGGUUAAGUUAGAAAUAGGAUUUAGGUGACUCAGACUCAUUUCUGAUUCUUAGAACUGUGAGGAGUAAAUGGUUGGGGCAGACAUAUGUUACAUGAAAGCCUUGGAAUAUUAUGGUCUCAUGAGUCCCAUGCCAGAGUUUAUGAUUAUAUUCCCUUGAUAAGUCACGACUAAUUGAAAUGGAUUUUGGCAGAAAAACGAGAUCCUAAAGGAAUUGUUUGCACACAUAGUAAAUCAUUUAAAUAUAUCUUUAUUGUCCAAAGAUGAGAAGGAAAUUGAACAUCUGCAUAAUAAAAUUAUUCUGAUGAGACUAUUUUACCUCAAUCAGGCACUCCAGUUUUACUGUUUCAUACACAUUCACACACAGUUAAAUUCCUAAGCUGAAAUCAUACCUGUAUGUUUCUCAUGUGCAAAACAUAUUUUGCCCUGUGCUAAAUGCACAGGGCAAAAGGCUUGGUGACCAUUUGAAGUUACAGUGUAUCCUUUAAAAGCUACUUAUGAACCAGUUCCAAAGUUAUGAUGUUUGCACCCCUCUCCGUGGUCACAUGACUGCACUUGGGGCAGCCGGCCCACAUGUGACCACAAUUUACAAUGUAUGUUCUUCCAGUUUCUGGAAAAAUUGGUCUGUAGCAAAAAAAAAAAAGGGGGGGGGUUGCUUAAUGACCGUAGCAUUUGCUUAAUAGCCAUGUGUUCAUUUUACUACCAUGCUGUUCACUUAACAACCAAUGCAAAAAAAGAUUGUAAAAUCAGGUAUGGUCAUGUAAUGACCCAUUUUAUGGCUAUCAAGAUCUACAAUCGUAAUUACUAGGCUCAAUUAUGGUCAUAAGUCGAGGAUUACCUCUAUGUGUUUCCAUCCCUAUGAGAUAUAUUUUAUCUCUACCAGUUUAGUGUCAAAGAUUGGGCUGUGAUUACUCAAAUAACAUAACUAUUCUAGUACCAUAAUUGGGUAAUGUGGUCUAAUACGAUCACAUUCUUGUUUUUGCCUUUCUGUUCUCUGGAGGCUAAGAUGUUGCAAUAAAUUGGGCAUUACACUGUGUUCCACUGUUUGUUGUGCAUGUCUGAGAUGAUGCAUUUUGGAUCUCUGUGGUUGUGGCCAAUGCUACCACAAUAGUUGCUGCUGGAUUCCUUACUCCACUUAAACCUGUGGUAGUGUUUGUAUCAAAAAAAGUUUCCAAAGGCUAACAAUAAAAAAAAAAGAUUGGGAAUAAGAAUUAUUGUCUCUUUCAUCAAAUACUCUUUGUAAUAUUAUGAAGACUUUUUUUAGAUGUAUUCUGUCUCUUUAAUGGCUAUCCCUUCAUGUAUUAUUUCAGACUGUCUCACUGUGUAAUCUCUUGCAUUUAUACUGUAAGAAAAUAUUAAAAGAAAGAUAUAGAUUUCCAAUAUGAUUAAGAAAACUUUAAAAUGACAUUUGAGUUUUAUAUAUGUGUAAAAAGGUCAGGUUUGAAUAGUGCCCAGCUGUCAUGCUGCUUGUGGAAUGGAACAGAGCAAAAUGGGUUAUAGUAGUCCCACAACCACAAUUGGGACCAGACUAUCCAUUGCUAAGGCAGUUGUUGAGUCGUGCCCAAUUUUAUGACCUUUUUGCCACUAUUUUAAAGUGAAUCACUGCAUUUGUUAAGUGAAAUGCAGUAGUCAAGCAAAUCCACUCUCCUCCAUUGACUGUGAUUGUCAGAAGCUGGAAAGGUCACACAUGGCCAUCACAUGACCCUGAGAUGCUGCAACAGAGAUAUGAUUGCCAAGCACCCAAAUUUUGAUCCCAUAAUUAUGGGGAUGCUGUGGUGGUUGUAAGUGUGAAGAACCGCUAUAAGUCACUUUUUAAAGUGCCAUUGUAAUGUCACACAAUCACUGAACUAAUUGUUGUAAGUCAAAGACCACCUGUAUUAAAAUUCCUCCCCUUGCCACCCAACAAUAAUAAUGAACAAAGUUCAAGUCUCCAAAGAGGAAGGAAGCAGACUGUAAGGAUCAGUGCUGGAGGGAAAAAAUCUGGUCCUGUUCUUUAACAAUUGCAGGAGGACUUACUGCUGACAAAUAUAGAAAGCCAAACUGCUUUUGCCAUUACUCCAUCCUAAAUAUAUUGAGUGUUCUCACUGCUGAUCUUGCAGAGCAGACAUUAGUAGUUUUUGGGAUGACGACAGCUGGCAGAAUUAAAAUGUCUUUGGAAGCAAUCAUAUUCUAGGUAAGCUAAUGACAGAAUGUGGGCCUUAUCUGAAAGGCCAUGCAGUGGAUCUAGAGAAGAUGAAGUCAAGAGUUGGGUUAGAGUGAAAGGAGUGGGUAUUUUAAAAAACAUAACUUUCUACAGUAAAUGUGAUUCUGUUUUCUUGGUCCCCAAUAGAUGCAGAUAAAAGCAUCUACAUCAUCCUUAUCCAGAUGCCCUUUCAUUACAAGAGAAUGCAAUUAAAGUAAUAGUCCUGUUAAAGAACUUUUGAAAAUGACUAAAUUCUUACAAUAUUCUUUGUACUUUAUUAUAUAUUACAUUCAUCUCAUAAACUGUUUUGAAAAAGAGCUACUAAAGCAAGCUAGAAACUCUUUAAAGACUUUCCUGCUGUUCCUGAUCAUAAGAUUUAGGGACAGUUUUCAUAGCAGAUUCAGCAUCAAUGCUAUUUUCAGGAUUACUUCCACAUUAAUUUUGCCUUUGAUAUAUUUCAGUUUUCAUUUCUGCAUAUACAUACACAUGCAACUAUUGGAUCCAUUUCUAAAUAAAUAGCCAAUGCUUUGCACUUUUUAAAGCAUGCACUGUUGAAAAAGAAAGAGGAGGAGAAUUUAUUCUCCUUUUGGGGCAUUAAUGUAUUUGCAAUCCUGUUUCUUAAACAAUUGCACUGUUUCACAAUAUGAUUGCACAGUUGUGUCUUUCCCCAUGACUGCUAGCACACAUUGUUAAUCUGAAAAUUUUCUGUGACUUGAGAGCAAAUUGUCUAUGACUGUUGAGAAUGGAUAGCUGAGCACCCUCUGCCUGCGAAUAGGUAGGAUGUCAGUUUCUUAUGAGGUAAACAUUGCAUGACCUAUAAGCCAGCCAGUCAGCUCAUACAUUGCCUUAUUAGGUAAACAGCUGGGGAUUAUGUCUGAGGACAGAAUUGACUAUAGGGCAAG